AUGGAUGUCCCAGCGAGGAUGCUAGGCUCUAAAAGGGUUGGAUUGCAGAAUCCAAAGUGGACAAUAUCUCAUGCGGAUGGACUGGGCAGUUACAUCUUGGGCACCAAGCAAAGCCUUGAUCUUGAUACUCCAAUUAUCAUAGUUGCUCUCCGUAAAAUUUUUGAUUCCCAGCUUUGUAUGGCUGGGAGAAUAGAGGCCGUGUACAUAAAAAUCGAUGAAGGGAUUCUCGUUAAAGCUGAACCAAAUGUUAAUAUACCUGAAUCACUGGAGAAGUUUUGUGCUAUGAUGUCUCAACUAUUACAAAAAUUGAGCAUCAAAGGCAAAGGUAAAGGUGGAAAACUUUUGCGUGUGGUUAAGAACCCCGUAACUCAGUACUUACCUGUCAAUCCCCUUAAGAUAGGCCUUUCUUAUAGUUCACAGAACAAGGCUGACUUACAAGAUUAUGUUGGUGCUGUUGGUGCAAUGGCUCAUGGGAGCUUUGAUAGCGACUACACAGAUGAUUUAAUAGCAGGUUGUGCCUCUUAUAAAUUUUGUUCUUCUUGA